GGCUCUGCUGCUGUCCUCUCUUUCCUUAGACGCUGAUGUGUCACUAGUUUGAGCCUAGAAGUCUCCAAACAUGUUCAGUUUCAGGUCAAAUUUGUUGCUGCUGUUUCUCUUGGCCUUCCCCUGUGGAUUAAUAUCCAUCGGCCACGUGUCUGCGAACGCAGACUCUGCUGAGGACAUCACCGAGGAUGCUGAUGUUGCAGUAGAUGAGGAGGAAGAUGAUGAAGAUGUACUUGUUGAGGAAGAUCAGAUGCAAACUUCAGAAGGUGAUGAAGAUGACUCAGAUGAAGCCGCUGAUAAACUGUUAACCUCUCACCCUGAUGCCGAUACAACCAUCAUCUUUAUGACGGGAGAAGAGUUUCCUGCCAAUGAACUUGUGAGGUUCCUGGUGGGUUUCACCAACAAAGGAAGUCAGGAUUUCACCGUUCAGUCGCUGGAGGCUUCCUUCCGUUAUCCCCAAGACUUCCAGUUCUACAUUCAGAAUUUCACAGCUUUGCCUCUGAACACGGUAGUGCAGCCCCAGGCUCAGGCCUCUUUCGAGUACUCCUUCAUCCCAGCUCAGCCCAUGGCUGGUCGUCCAUUCAGUCUCGUCAUCCUCCUCAAUUAUCUUGACAAUGAGGGAAAGGUUUUCCAGACUGCCAUUUACAACCAGACAGUCACCAUCACUGAAAGAGAAGGAGGACUGGAUGGAGAAACGAUGUUCAUGUACAUCUUCCUGGGUGGACUGGUGGUCCUGGUGCUCUUUGGAAUGUACCAGGUCCUGGAGUUGAGGACGAAAAAGAGAAUGCCAGUGAAAAUAGAGAAGGGCACUGGCGGGAUAAGUGAUGUGGACAUCAGCUGGAUUCCUCAGGAAACUCUCAAUGUCAUGAACAAGGCUUCCCCGAAAACAUCUCCUCGGAAACGAACCAAGAGGGCGGCGGGAGUAGAUCAAUAAAACUUAAUGCUUCCCCAUCAUCAUACUGUCAUCCAUCAGGCUUUCAAAGCUCAUUUCCUCACCGCAGGUUCCUGAUUCCCAUCCGCAAUGGAUCAACAUUUCUGGAAUCCAGUUUGCAGCCCAAGCAAUGCUGCAGCUCUGGUUAGAGUGUACCAACAGAACUGAACUGUUGUUCCUUUUUAAAAGGACUUUUUAUCAGUGAGUGUGUGUGUGUGUGUGUGUGUGUAAAUGUUGAUAAAAGCUAAAGGAAUGUCAUCAAAAUUUGAUGGUUAAAAAGGGAACGAGGCACAAACUGCUCCCCUAAUAGGAGCUGAAUACAUCCAUAUGAAAGCUGUAAAGUCAUAAUAAGGUUGACAUUUUAUUUUGGAGAUACAUUAUCAUAAUUAUAAGGAUUAAUUAUUUUGAUGACUUCAGAACAUAUAAACACCAUUGUGCCUUAUCAGUGCUGUAUUUGCAAUGCCCUCCAAAGACUGCUGCUUUUGAUAUCCAGUCAGAAACUGUGAGUGUGAUGGGUAUGCUCUACAGUGGGACAGCUGCAGGUAAAACAAACACUGACAUGGCUUUGGUUUCUGCAGGUGAAUUACCUGUCAUCUGGCUCUUUUAAAUGUGAGUCUCAGUGAAGCAUUUCAAACUUUUACUAUGCUAGUGGUGCCAUUAUUUGUGAUAAAACAUCUUCAGAAAUAAUAAAAAAGGGUGAACAAA